AUGAACGAGCCCAUCACCCCGAAACUGCUUACCAACCGAUUCCUUGUCAAUCUGGAGUCGUUUUUCAAUGACAUUUCAAUGAAUGGUUUCCAAAUUAAUGAGUUGAGUGGACUUCUCCGACGGAUAAGACAAGUCAGAGAACACGCGGAGACUCGUGGAUACAAAUUAAGUGCGGACCAGCUAUCGAUUGUAAUCGAUAUCUGCUUGAGCUCCAUGGUUAAGGAGAGCGUGAAGGAUGAGAUUACGAAACAAUCGACACUUCUUUCACUGAUGAUUGAUAUUUUGGACGGAUUCUUGGCUCAAAUGAAGGAAAUCGGAUGCCCAAAGAUCACAAUGGCUGUCACUGAUCAGAAAAACUUUUUCAAACCAAAAAUUUUCAAAACCUCUUACCAUGUUAUCAAAAUUGGAAAAUGCUUUCUUCAAGCUUAUACAUUUUUCAAUUUCAUGAAGCUGAUGACUGAUGUUUCGCUAGUCGAAGUCGGUGGAUAUCAAGGACAACAUUCUCAAGAAAUGGUCUCAUCAUUUGCUGAGUACGCGUAG